GCUCCACAAUUUAAUCACUUAAUCACACAUGUCUAACAAAAACAUCAUAAGUAAGCUAUUCAAGCCACGAACAUUACUCCUUUACAUGCCAUGUGUCCAUCAUUUCUACCCCAUAAUCUAAUCUAACCUUAUCUUACUACUUCUCCUCCCAAAUUUCACUCCCUAUGUUUUCUCUCAAAACCCAUCUCACAAAAUUUCCCAUCAACUUUCUCUAGGAAAAAGAGAAAAAAAAACUUAACAAUAUUUUCAUUUGAUUUCCAUCAUUUAUCAUAACUUGUAUCACAAGUUUUCUUGUUAUCUACACAAAAAUGUCUGGUGGAGUUGGACCAGGUUGUGACAUUAGCCUACCAAAAGAACAAGAAGAAAUUGUACACAAAGAACAACAAGACCAAUCAUCAUCACUCAAGAACAAUAAUCUCAACAAAUCCACCACCACAACAACAUCAUCACAAAACAAACCUAGUUUCCUCUCAUUCAGACAACUCAAUUGUUUAGCUGUUGUUGUUGUCUUAUCAGCUAGUGGCAUGGUUAGCCUUGAAGAUUUUGCAUUUGUACUAUUCUCAAUAUUCUACAUGUACUUCAUCUCAAAAGUUGCUUUUCCAUCUCUUCAUCCUUCAAAUGAAGCACCAAUUUUCAAUACACAAAACAAAAUGCUUAAACUUUAUGUCUUCAUAGGAGCAAUAAUUGGACUUUAUGCUCCUAUAGCAUAUAUUUUACAUGGAAUAUUUGAAGGUGAUAAAGAAGGUAUAAAAGCAGCUACACCACAUGUUUUUCUUUUGGCUAGUCAAGUUUUUAUGGAAGGUGUUGCAUUUUCUGAUGGAUUUUCAUCUCCAAUAAGAGCUUUUGUUCCUGUUUUUUAUAAUACAAGAAGGGUUUUCUCUAUUGUGGAUUGGUUAAGAGAUGAGAUUUACAAAGUUGAUGUAGAGCAUAGUGGUUCUUAUAGAAGGAUUUAUGCUGGAAGAGCACUUGCUGUGGCUAAUAUGGCUUUUUGGUGUUUUAAUUUGUUUGGAUUUUUGGUACCUGUUUAUCUUCCUAGAGUUUUUAAGUCGUAUUAUUCUAGCCAAAAAGUAAAUUAAGGAAUGAUUAGGUAGUUAUAGGAUGUUGUUUAUCUAUAUUUUGAUGAUUGUAUAAGGUCUUGAACCAUGUUUAUGUAUGAUGUUUGCAUAGUAAUUAAAUGUGUUUGGCCGUAGAAA